AACUGAAUAGUGCUGAAUGUCUUGUAGACGUGGUACUCUCUCUAAAGACACCAGUUUGUAUUAGCUGGCUAACGGCUAAUGCGUUUGAAUAAUAACAGCUGAUAUAUAAGGCUUGUAAAGUAAUGUUUUAAUGUUUUAAAAUAUAAUUGAAACCGGUAAACAUGCUGGACUUUGCUAUAUUUGCUGUAACAUUUGUUGUUAUAUUGGUUGGUGCUGUGCUGUACUUGUACCCGUCAUCCAGACAAAUCUCAGGUGUCCCUGGUCUGAACCCUACUGAAGAAAAGGAUGGUAACCUGCAGGACAUUGCGAGCAGAGGAAGUCUACAUGAGUUCCUGGUUGGUUUACAUGACCGUUUUGGUCCUGUGGCUUCCUUCUGGUUUGGCCGGAGACCAGUAGUGAGUCUCGGAUCUGUUGAUGAACUGCGACAACACAUUAACCCCAACUGGACCACGGAUUCCUUUGAGACAAUGCUCAAGUCCUUGCUUGGUUACCAGUCUGGCACAGGCAUGGGAGGGACGGAUGCAGUGAUGAGGAAGAAAGUUUAUGAAGGGGCUAUAAACAAAACACUGGAGAGUAACUUCCCUAUUCUGCUGAAGCUAGUUGAAGAGCUGGUUGAAAAAUGGCAGGCAUAUCCAAAAUCCCAACACAUUCCCAUCUGUGCUCACCUGCUGGGAUUGUCUAUGAAGGCUGUCACUCAACUCGCCAUGGGUGGUCGCUUUGCUGAUGAUUCGGAAGUCCUUCGCUUCCGCAAGAACCAUGAGGCCAUCUGGUCAGAGAUUGGUAAAGGUUAUCUGGAUGGUUCUUUGGACAAAAGCCCUAGUAGGAAGGCCCACUAUGAGGGCGCAUUAGCUGAGAUGGAGUCCAUGCUGAAAACUGUCAUUAAAGAAAUAAGUGGACGUGCUUCUGCUCAGUCAGCUUUCAUAGAUUCUCUACUGCAGGCCAAACUGUCUGAGAAACAGGUUAUGGAGGAAAGCAUGGUGUUCACCCUCGCUGGCUGUGUCAUUACUGCAAACUUGUGCAUCUGGGCAGUUCACUUUCUGUCAAUCUCAGAAGCUGUGCAGGACAAACUACAUCAAGAACUGAGUGAAGUCCUAGGUGAUGGCUCAAUCUCCUUGGACAAGAUUUCACAGCUCAGCUACUGCCAGCAAGUGCUAAAUGAGACUGUGCGCACUGCUAAACUAACUCCAAUUGCUGCCAGACUGCAGGAGGUCGAGGGGAAGGUGAACAGCCAUGUCAUUCCUAAAGAGACAUUGGUAAUCUACGCUCUUGGUGUAGUCCUUCAGGAUGCAGACACUUGGACAUUACCAUACAGGUUUAAUCCAGAAAGGUUUACAGAUGGUUCAGUAAAGAAGAGCUUCUCUCUGUUGGGCUUUUCAGGAAACCAGGCCUGUCCUGAACUGAGAUUUGCAUACACGGUGGCGACGGUGCUGCUGAGCACGUUGGUGCGGAGGCUUCGGCUACAUCGUAUCGAGGGCCAAGUGAUAGAAGCGAGGUAUGAACUAGUGUCCACACCAAAAGAUGACACCUGGAUCACCGUCAGCAAGAGAAACUGAUUCAGCAGAUCAUCGUGUCACACAAAACCUCGAGGGACACUCUGAGGAGAUCAUAAAAUCAUCUGUAGUCUCCUCAAGUCUUUGUGGCCUUUUGUGAAAGUUUAGAUGCAGUUUGUUGGAUCUAGUGAUUUUGUUGUUUGUAACAUCACACAUGCUCUGUAAAGCGUUCUUAUUGGUUAUCAGGCCUUGUAGAACAUUUACAUUUUCACAGACUACACUUAUUUUAUUACAUGAUUUCAUUUAGGAUAAGAACUACAUCUUCAGGACAUUCCACUAGAACUAUUUUUUCUAAUUCACAUGUGUACUUACAAAUAAUAAACAAGCAACAACACAAUUUUGCUUUGUCAUUAUAACAGCUAAAGGAGGUUUAAGUUAAAGUGCUUUAUAAGAAUGACCAUGGAGCUAGAACUUGUGGAUUUUUGAUGAUAAUACGGUAUCUAUACCUCCAAUUCUGACAAAUAGAAAUGUCUAUUUUAAUCUGAUGAAUGUGUAGUCUGUGUUACUACAGUUCUGUUAAAAAUAAAGAGGAAAUGAUAAAGCAUUAAUAAAUAAAAUAAACUAU